UCCUCAUCCCUCCAUCAUCGGCCCGCCUCUCCUCCUCUCUGCUCCUCUCUUUGGGGAAAAGAAAAAAGACACUUUGCUCGCACUCGAUUCGCCGUCCGGACUCGGCUCUGUUCUUCCCCUCGUUUUCUCGUCCUCUGAGGAUUUUAUUUCUCUUUUCCCUUUUUUUCCUCCUCCUCCUUCCUUUCUUCCAACAUGACGGCCGACACUGAGAAUUUUUAAAAAAUAAACUCUCAGAAAGGAAAUCCUGUCCGUGCUGCUUCCAGUAAAAAGUUGAAUUAAAUCUAAAAACCAGACAAAAAGUUGAGCCGUUGAAUAAAACUCCUGCCUCACUUCCCGAUUCUUCUUCUUCUCCUUCUUUUCUCCGUGCUCCUUCCUCCUCGCCGGCUGCUUUCGGACUUUGAGGCGUUUCGGUGAAAAAACCGUCGACCGACCAGAAGAUCUCCGUCUGUUCUUUAGAGCUGCUUUUUUUCAGUUGGACUUUUCUCCCUCUUGUUUUUUUCUCGUGUCACUCUCGCACAGAGGCGGAAGCGGUUGGAGCGUCGGGGCCCCGGAGAUGUUCGGGAUCCAGGACAACCUGCCCCGCGGGGCCACAGCCAGCAUGAAGGAGGAGCCGCUGGCUGUUCGCUCCUGGAUGCACUCGGCCGGCGUGGUGGACGCCAACACGGCCGCUCAGAGCGGGGUGGGGUUAGCCCGUGCUCACUUCGAGAAGCAGCCUCCAUCCAAUCUGAGGAAGUCCAACUUCUUCCACUUCGUGCUGGCGCUGUACGACCGGCAGGGUCAGCCGGUGGAAAUCGAACGCACCACCUAUGUCGACUUUGUGGAGAAAGAGAAGGAGCCGACGGGAGAGAAAACCAACAACGGGAUUCAUUACAAACUGCAGCUGCUCUACAGCAACGGAGUCAGAACGGAGCAGGAUCUCUACGUCCGGUUGAUCGACUCCAUGACCAAACAGGCGAUCAUCUAUGAAGGUCAGGAUAAGAAUCCAGAGAUGUGCCGAGUUCUUCUGACACACGAGAUCAUGUGCAGUCGCUGCUGUGAUAAGAAGAGCUGUGGAAACAGAAACGAGACGCCGUCGGACCCCGUCAUCAUCGACAGGUUCUUCCUCAAGUUCUUCCUCAAGUGUAACCAGAACUGUCUGAAGAACGCUGGAAACCCACGAGACAUGAGGAGGUUUCAGGUGGUGGUGUCUACGACUGUGAACGUAGACGGCCAUGUUCUCGCCGUCUCCGACAACAUGUUCGUACACAACAACUCCAAACAUGGCCGCAGAGCCCGGAGACUGGACCCGUCUGAAGUCUUCAGUGAGAGCUUCUCCUCACUGCCCCCCAAGACUGACCUCGACUGGGACUUUAGUUUCUUUGGGGCCACGUUGAUCACCCCUCAUGCUAUCCGGGUCCAGACUCCUCCCCGUCACAUCCCCGGGGUCGUGGAGGUCACGCUGUCCUACAAGUCCAAACAGUUCUGUAAAGGAGCACCGGGACGUUUCGUUUACACAGCCUUAAACGAACCCACUAUAGACUACGGCUUCCAGAGGUUACAGAAGGUCAUCCCUCGUCACCCCGGAGACCCCGAGAGACUGCCCAAGGAGGUGCUGUUGAAGAGGGCAGCCGACCUGGUGGAGGCGCUCUACGGGAUGCCUCACAACAACCAGCCAUGUCCGGCCUCGUCGUUCCUCCGAUGUAAAGAAUCUGCCUCCUCGAUCCUCGUCUCGCUCCUCCCCCCUCAGCCACGAGCACCAAUCACCUCAGAGGAGGCGGGGCCUCAGGCAGCAGCCGGCCAGUCAGGACAGACUCCUCCUCCUCCUCCCUAA